UCCCCCCUCCCCACCACCCCUCCAGCAGCACUUCAGUAAAGUCGAGCGUCGAGCAGCGCGAUCUGCACCUCUGCAGCAGCAGUUAUGCACAGUUCCUGUCGGUUAGGAGCCGCGUUAAACACAGCAGAACCUGCCGCAGGCUCCGAGCUGCGUCCCCACCGGCUGGCGUUGUCGUUGCUGUUGUCAGUGGUGAACACACGGAGCGGGAGGCUGGCUGCUGCCGUCUUCUCGCUUGUUUAAAAUGAAACGACAUGGCUGUGGCUGUGGCUCAAGCAACAUACGCGGUUCGGCGUGCGACUCCUGGAAACCAUAAGCAGUUGUGAGCGCGAGGAGGGGGGGGGGGGGGGGGAGAAAAAAUCAUCUGAAUGAAAGACGCAAGUGGGGUUGGGUGGCCAUGGACCCAUUCAGCCAGCUUAUCCUCACCAUCUCGGUGACCAGCUUCCUCACCUUCCAGUGGCUGUUCCACAGAGUCAGCCCCUGGAUGUCCAUGCGCAUCAGCCCCGGCUUCUUGGGCCUCAGUGACAAGCAGAAGGUGGAGUGGAACUCAAGGACUGUGUCAACAUUCCAUGCACUGUUGGUGGGAAUCUUCUGUCUCUGCAUCUUGUUCUUUGAUGAUGCCGUCAACGAAGAUCCAGUCUGGGGGGAUCCUACACUGGUGAAGACUAAUGUUGCAAUCACAACAGGCUACCUCAUAUCAGAUCUGCUGCUUAUAUUUUACUAUUGGAAGGCGAUAGGGGACAAGUUUUUUGUAAUUCACCAUCUGGCAGCACUGUAUGCUUACUACUAUGUACUGGGCGAAGGAAUGUUGCCUUAUUUUGCUAACUUCCGUCUGCUUGCUGAGUUUUCCACACCAUGUGUGAACCAGCGUUGGUUCUUUGAGGUACUAGGAUAUCCCAAGUCGUCCCGGCCCAACAUGGCAAACGGCGUCGCCAUGGCAGUUGUCUUUUUCAUGGUCCGCGUCGCCGUCAUGCCGGUCUACUACAGCCGCAUGUACGCGGUGUACGGCACCGAGGCCUUCUACCUGGUGCCCUGGGGGGGCCGCGUGGCCUGGAUUUGCUCCAGUAUCUGUUUGGACAUCAUGAACAUCAUGUGGAUGCAUAAGAUUGCACGCGGCUGCUAUAAGGUGCUGCGAUCCGCGCGCCAGAGCAAAGCCGCAGCACCUCAGGAGAACGGGAAGACGGACUAACAGAACCAGGAUGUCAGCGGAGUGAAAACGCCGCAACAAAAAGAGACAAUUCUCUCGAUGCACUGCCAGUAGCGGUUUGGACCCUCAGGUUGCUACCGUGGCAGCAGAAGCAGGACUUAACCCUGCAGGACCGAAUGUAAUGAGUUUUUUUUUCUUCUUCUUCUUUUUGAGGGUGAGGAAAGCAGAGAGCCUCCUAGAUGUUCCAAUGGACCAGUGAAGUGGUCGUACCUAAGCCAUGAUUAAGACUUUCAAGCAAUACUUUAUGUGCAUGGCCAAUUUAUUUCUCAUGAACAAUUCACAAGUACUGAACAGCUCCUCCGUGAACAAAAAAAAGGACUGUUAGCCCAACUGCAAAUUGUCAAAAAGUAUGUCAUUUUUUAUUUUUAUUUUUUCACUCUUCUUACUCAACAGAAGAUUCUGUUUUGUUUUAAUACCGCUGUUCGAGUGGCACACAGAAAACGGGGAAACGUGAGUUAACAUUUAUGAAAAAGUCAGGAUUUGAGGUGGUUCGGUUGCUCAGCAAUGACGGUCAUUGCCAUAGGUUUGUUGCAAGAUGCCCGUCGGCGAAGAUUUAGACACAAACUGAAUGAGCUGCGUUCGCAAGAGAGGGGUAGAAACGCAUUUCGUCUCUCCUCUUGUUUACCUUCGCAGGGGUGUUAAAACAAGAAGCUUGGUUGAAAGGGCAUUUUGUUCGUAGUUUAUUUGUGUUGUCUUGCUGGUGUCAGGGCAAAUUAGUUUUAUAAAAACUAUAAUUUUGACUGCUAUGUGAUAGAACAAAAAAAAGAUUUGUAAAGCACUUUUUGUAAAGCUUUAAGGGGAAACUUAAAGCGGACGGUUGCGUUUGCGAUUCAAGGUUAGAAAUGGAAAAUUAUGAGGUCACACUGAUCUGUUUAGCCAAAUGAUGCAUGAAAACCACCUGAUGUUACUCAAAAUGAAAGGGAGAGUAUUGCACUGCUUAAAUAAAUGUUUUUAAAAUUAUUUUUGGCACUUUUCUUUGCAUUCUGUUCAUCACUUUAAGAAAUACGUAUGUAAUUGUGAGGCUGAUCCAAUAGAGAGCUAGUAUGGAAUUGGUUUGGAUGAUUUUAAAAAUCAAGAUAUUAUGAUGAAGAGUAUAUAAUUAGCUUUUUUUUUGUACAUGAUAUUUUUAAAUACAGGUAAAAAAAAAAAGACAACAAAUGAUUGAAUCAUCUGUUACACCAUUUUAUUUGUAUGUAAAAGAGGAAGUUUGUAAUCUGUUUCAUACAGGAGAAGCUUUAAAUUGUUUUGACAGAUGGCUUCAGAUUCAAGGUAUCUUUGAUUUCUACUUGUGCUUUUUAUUUUCCUGAUCAAAGAUUGUUUGCUUUUUAACGCACAAAAAAAAAAAUAUAUAUAUAUAAAAAAAAUAUUGGGGAGAAUUUAGAUUUAACUGUAAUAAUUUUGCUAAAAAAAUAAAUAAAUAAAAACAACCGUUCGAUGCUAAGAGAAGAUUAGGAGCAUUCCCUGAGUGUAAUGUGUCGUCGGUUUAUAUAAAGGUUUCAGCCCACUCAUGAUUUUCAGUACAUUCUUGAAAUUCUGUGAGCUGUACAGAAAAAAAACAAGAUCCCAUCAGAUUUUUACUUAGGCAGAGAUAAGGAUUGUUACAUAUUUUUUACGUAUGCCUUGCUGUUCUCAGUGUUCAAUUUUGUUGCCUUUGUAGAACAACCUAUGACUGCACGGCGGAUAUUUUUUCUGACACUCAUCACAAAAACUGCAAACUUUCCCAGUCUGAUACCCCUCUAAUGUGAUUGCUUCGCCUUUCUUGUACUGUACUUUUUUUUUUCUUUUUUUUUUUUUAACAAAAGCUACAAAUGGAGUUUCUGUUCGGUUGAGUUUUCUUAAUUUCUUUUUGUAUGUAUGUGGAGUUCUUUGUUUUUUCCUUCUGAGAUUCCUUCUCUCUGCAUUAUGUAUACUGGCACAGUAAAGCAUUUGACUUUUUUCUUAAUUUUCUUUUAAGUUGGCUUUUUUUUUUUUUUUUUUUUUAAUAACAGCAUGAAAUGCUUACGCCGUUUGUUCAUUGGUGGCAAAGUGCUCGGACGAAAUUUGGCAGUGGUGAAUGUGCCGGAUGUCAUCUUCAAGUGAAUAAUCGUUAAAAGGAAGAAUGUGUUGACGGCUGAUUUAUCAGCUGGAUUCAGUGGAAACAGCAGCAUGCUCUUUCCGAAUGGAAACAGGGUGAACUUAACGUGCAAACUCGUGUACGCCUCAGUACGGCCGUCUUCAUGCACCUUCUGUAACUGCAUGUGGGGGUUUAUUUUGCAUGGGGACUGCAUUGUAAACAAAUUAGCAUAUACAUUUGUGAAGACCGGUUUUGUUCUCUUUUCUUACAACAUGUAGAUAAUGUUUACUUAAACUUUACUCUUGUACUGUGCCACAAAGUGUAGUCCACAGGAAAUGGUGAUAACGAUGUGAUGCUAACAUGAACAAAGCCGACAUUUAGACUAGUAUCCAGCACAGAAAUAUACAGUAAGGGAAUACUUGAAUACUAAUCAGCACAGUUUAUAACAGUCUGGGCAGUGCAAAAUAAACAUGAAUCUUACAAGCAUCCUGCAUCAUACGUGUUGCAUUGUUUUUUUGUUUUUUAUGUUAUUCCAACUGGAGUUGACAUAAUAGGAAGGUGGUGCAUUUUAAACAGAAGCUGUUGCUUCUUAGCAGCUGUGUCUUGGUGUUUCUGUUUUCAAUGCCUUUUGAGGAAACGUGUCGGAGUAGUUGGAGUGUUUUGUGACAUUCUAUGAAUGUACUGGAGAUAGAAAUUUGUCAAAUCACAUUUUCAGUUCUUCUUGAAAAUAAAAACCAAAUUAACUUGU